CUCUCACCGCCCCCAACCCUAUAUCUCCCGGCCGCCGCUCCUCCCUCCCCGCCGCCAGCCCUAUCUUUUCGAUCUCGCCCACUCCGUCUCCCUUACAGGCGGCGGCGGCCAGGGCUAGCGCACGCGGCGGCAACCAUGGCAGUCGGCAAGAACAAGAGGAUCUCCAAGGGAAAGAAGGGUGGGAAGAAGAAGACCGUCGACCCCUUCUCUAAGAAGGAUUGGUAUGACAUCAAGGCCCCGUCGGUGUUCAGUGUGCGCAACAUUGGGAAGACUCUCGUGUCCAGGACACAGGGUACCAGGAUUGCAUCUGAGGGUCUGAAGCAUAGAGUCUUUGAGGUUUGCCUAGCUGAUCUUCAGGGUGACGAGGAUCAGGCUUACCGGAAAAUCAGGCUUCGUGCUGAAGAUGUGCAAGGCAGGAAUGUGCUCACAAACUUUUGGGGAAUGUCAUUUACUACUGAUAAACUCAGAUCCCUGGUCAAGAAGUGGCAGACACUCAUUGAAGCCCAUGUUGAUGUCAAAACAACUGACAACUACAUGCUGCGCUUGUUCUGCAUUGGCUUCACCAAGAGGCGUCCAAACCAGGUGAAGAGAACCUGCUAUGCCCAGGCUUCCCAGAUCCGCCAGAUCCGCCGCAAGAUGGUUGAGAUUAUGGCCAACCAGGCUUCUACAUGUGACCUGAAAGAGCUUGUUUCAAAGUUCAUUCCAGAAGUUAUUGGUAAAGAGAUUGAGAAGUCCACCUCCAGCAUCUUCCCACUCCAAAAUGUCUUCAUCCGCAAGGUGAAGAUACUCAAGGCUCCCAAGUUUGAUCUCGGGAAGCUCAUGGAGGUUCAUGGUGACUACAAGGAGGAUGUGGGGGUGAAGCUUGAGAGGCCUGUUGAGGGAGAUGAGGCUGGGCAGGAGGUUGCUGCUGCCGAGUAGUUUAUUUGCUACUACUAUAAUAUCUAGAAGAUUUUGGACAGUAGGUUGCUUAUGAUGUGAACUUCAUAGAAUUGUAUUGGCUACCUGUUUGCUUCUGGCCCUAAGAUUGUCUCAAAACAAGUGUUUUAAGAUUAUUGAUAAGAAGUGUUUAAGAUUAUUUUUGGUGAUUUA